UAAUAAAUUUUCUCCAGACCAGGCGCCACACCAUUCUCCCCCUCCUCCACUCACUGCGUUUUGGUCUGGUCAUCGAUUCUCAUUGUCAAUCCUCUCUUCAGUUAGUCUUCACGCUCCUCUUCCAAGAUCAUUCCUCAUCACGACAUCAUCGGUGUUUAUUAACCUACAGUGGCAGUGCUGCUCAAUCAAACAAUUACUCAGUCCUCUCCACUUUUCUCUCUCGAAUCGUUCUUCUAACUACCGCCGGCUUGGAGUGCGUCUCUCGCUCUCCUUCUCCUUCUCCAAUCCACAAGACAGAUUGUUACAGUCGUGAGCUUCCCUCCAGAACGCCACUACCUUCUUCCUCAAUUCAUCAACAGUUCAACACACACCCGAGCUAAGUUCCUCCUCCUCCUCAUUGUAACGGCCUUCCCUGGUGGCUUCCGAGGUUGCUCACCGGGCUUCUCACAGUGCAUGCGACCGUAACAACAACAUGGGAGUGGUAAAAGAUGGAAAAGUGUCAGGAAUUAUACCCAGCAAUGAGGCAUUCGCGGUGCACUAUCCUGGAUAUCCCUCUUCCAUGUCUCGCGCCGUCCAAACUCUCGGAGGCACCCAAGCAAUUCUUAAGGCUCGUAGCUCGCAAUCGAACAAGUUGGAUCUCUAUUUCCGCCCCGAGGAUCCCUAUUCACAUCCUUCAUCUGGGGAGCUUCGUGGCUGUAGCAAUUUGCUAUUGAAAAUAUCUAAGAAGACGUCAAAUUCUUCCCUUGAUUCACCCAAUUCUGCCAAUAAAUCAGAAGCUGAAUCACGUGUUGAAAAAGAGCUUUGUGUUGAUAUUGCUGCUCGGAUUCCAGAGGCUUAUCAUUUUGAGGGAAUGGCGGACUACCAGCAUGUUGUUGCAGUUCAUGCUGAUACGGCCCGCAGGAAAAAGAGGAAUUGGACAGAAAUGGAGGAGCCACAUUUUGAAAAGGCUGGUCUCAUGGAUUUGGAUCAGGAGGAUGUGAUGAUAUUAUUGCCUCCACUUUUCACAACCAAGGAUUUGCCAGUGAAUUUAGUCUUGAAACCACCAGCCACUGCAAGUUCAAAAAAGAAACAAGAAGAAGCUGUAGAAAGCCAUGUUGAGAUGAACCUAGAGCCUGCCCUUGCUAUUGAUUUUAACAUUAAAGAGAUUCCUAAAGAAAUAAAUUGGAAGGCAAAUAUAGUACAAGGCACAGAGCUGUGGGGGUGGCAGAUGGCGGUAUCUGAUCUGUUUGAGGAGCGGCCUAUAUGGCCCAAGGAUGCACUGACUGACCGCUUACUAGAUAAAAACUUGAAAUUUACCCAUCAAACACUUAGAAGACUCCUGCUUGCAGUUGCAUACUACUUUUCAGGUGGACCAUUUCUCAGGUUCUGGAUCAGAAAAGGAUAUGAUCCACGCAAAGAUCCUGAGUCUCGCAUAUAUCAGAGAAUUGACUUUCGAGUACCACCUUCUUUAAGAAGUUAUUCUGAUGCUAAUGCUGCUAAUGGCUUGAAGCAGAAAUGGGAGGAUUUGUGCAAAUUUCAAGUUUUCCCUUACAAAUGCCAGACAUCACUGCAACUGUCUGAACUUGAUGAUGAUUACAUUCAACAAGAGAUAAGAAAGCCUCCAAAGCAGACUACUUGCACACAUGGAACAGGUUGGUUCAUACAGCACGUGCAUGAUAGCUUGAGACUUCGUGUGAUGGUGAGGUUCCUAUCAGUAUACCCAAAAUCCGGUGCAGCUAAGUUACUAAAAGCUGCUUCUGAAGAUUUUGAAAAGUCAAAGAGGGCAUGCAUUUAUAAAGAUGGCUUAAAAAUGGAUCAAGAACACCAGCAAAUUAAUAAAGAAGUCAUAGGCGAUGAAACAAAUGAAAAUCAAAACAUUGUUGAUGAAGGUGAGGUAGAUGACAUUGAGGCUGAUGAUCCUGAAGAGGAAUUAGAUGCAUAUGAAGCAUUGGAUCUGGCUGGGGACGAUGAUGAAGCCUCUUUGCUAUCACAUUCAUAUAUGGGGAACAACUCAAGAAGCUAUUUGCAAGAGCUCUUUGAUAGCUUUCAACCAGUGGAUGCCAGUGGUGAUAAAAUACAGGAUGCUGACAGUAGUGAUGGAGAGUAUCAGAUUUAUGAGCAAGAUGAUGAUGAUGAUGAUGAUGAUGAUGAUUGACAUGCUCACAUCAGCGUAUGCAGGUUUGUCAGAUUUCAAAUAUUGUGGCAAAAUUUCAAUAGCUGUCUGGAUAGUCAAAAUGCACCACUUGUCCCCAGAGAGCCAGGCCUCAUCAGGCUGCUGGAAUUACAAAUGCUUUGCCGCAAAGAAAAAUUUCCUGGACAUGAAAGAUCAAAUCAUGGGUUUUCAUCCCUGACACUGGAAGUGGCAAGUCGAUUAAUUUGCAGUUAUGCUUGGUGGACAAAAGUAAACAAUGGCAUCAUCUAAUAUAUGAUCAGAACUUGCACUUUUUCCCCGAGUCUUGGAGCAUACAGGUGUAUCAAUUUGGUGCUACGACAGACAAUUUUUCAGACUGCAGUUAGUGUUGUCCAUGUUUUUAUGUAUUUAUUGAACAUUUAUCCCCUAUCUGGGGCAGGGAAUAUCUAGUUCUGUGCACAAUUUGCGUGGCUGUUUUUGUCUGAGAUGUGUUUUGACUGUGAAGUACGUGCUAAAUUAAGAGUUCACUUUAACUAGAAUAAUAACUCUUGCAUUGAAACAGAGUUGUAAUAUUUAGGGUUCAUUUAUUAUUAUUAAUAUGUAGAGUUGCCCAGUAGUUAAAAAAUA